AUGGGCCAGGCGGGCAAGCCAGUGAGCCGCGGCACGGGAGGUCUGAAGGAGGCGGGAGGGGCCUCCGCAGUGCCCCCGGCGCUCACCGCAAUCUGCCGCCCCAGCCUCCCCCUGCGGCCUCCGCGGCAUUGUCCUCCUGCCGCGUGGGGACCGCCCAGCCGAGAUUGCGGUGCUCCCAAAGAAAUAAAUAAACAACCAGCCAACAGCCUGGGGGCUGCGAUGGCGCUGGGCCACCACGAUGGCCCGUGCGCGCCCAGGACCAGCCCGGAGCAGGAGCUUCCCGCGGCCGCCGCCGCGCCGACGCCGCGUGUGCCCAGGUCCGCUUCCACCGGCGCCCAAACUUUUCAGUCCCCUGACGCGCGAGCCUGCGAGGCAGAGCGGCCGGGAGUGGGGGCUUGCAAACUCAGCAGCCCGCGGGCGCCGGCGGCCUCGGCAGCUCCGAGGGACUUGAGCGAGGCGCGCAGUGCGCAGGCCGCCGCUCCUUCUGGGGCCGCCGGGCCCGGCAACGCUCUUCAUUGUAAGAUUCCAGCUCUGCGCGGCCCCGAGGGGGAUGCUAACGUGAGUGUGGGCAAGGGCACCCUGGAGCGGAACAAUACCCCGGCUGUGGGCUGGGUGAAUAUGAGCCAGAGCACCGUGGUGCUGGGCACGGAUGGAAUCACGUCCGUGCUCCCGGGCAGCGUGGCCACCGCUGCCGCCCAGGAGGACGAGCAAGGGGAUGAGAAUAAGGCCCGAGGGAACUGGUCCAGCAAACUGGACUUCAUCCUGUCCAUGGUGGGGUACGCAGUGGGGCUGGGCAAUGUCUGGAGGUUUCCCUACCUGGCCUUCCAGAACGGGGGAGGUGCUUUCCUCAUCCCCUACCUGAUGAUGCUGGCUCUGGCCGGGUUGCCCAUCUUCUUCCUAGAAGUGUCACUGGGCCAGUUUGCCAGCCAGGGACCAGUGUCUGUAUGGAAGGCCAUCCCGGCCCUACAAGGCUGUGGCAUCGCGAUGCUGAUUAUCUCCGUCCUGAUAGCCAUAUACUACAAUGUGAUUAUUUGCUACACACUUUUCUACCUGUUUGCCUCCUUUGUGUCUGUGCUGCCCUGGGGCUCCUGCAACAACCCUUGGAACACACCAGAAUGCAAAGAUAAAACCAAACUUUUAUUAGAUUCCUGUGUCAUCAGCGACCAUCCCAAAAUACAGAUCAAGAACUCAACUUUCUGCAUGACUGCCUAUCCCAACUUGACAAUGGUUAACUUCACCAGCCAGGCCAAUAAGACAUUUGUCAGUGGGAGUGAAGAGUAUUUCAAGUACUUUGUGCUGAAGAUUUCUGCUGGAAUUGAAUAUCCUGGGGAGAUCAGGUGGCCACUAGCCUUCUGCCUCUUCCUGGCUUGGGUGAUUGUGUAUGCGUCCCUGGCAAAAGGAAUCAAGACUUCAGGAAAAGUGGUGUACUUCACGGCCACGUUCCCCUACGUCGUGCUCGUGAUUCUCCUCAUCCGCGGAGUCACCUUGCCCGGGGCCGGCGCUGGGAUCUGGUACUUCAUCACACCUAAGUGGGAGAAACUCACGGAUGCCACGGUCUGGAAGGAUGCUGCCACUCAGAUUUUCUUCUCUUUGUCUGCCGCAUGGGGAGGCCUGAUCACGCUCUCUUCUUACAACAAAUUCCACAACAAUUGCUACAGGGACACUCUCAUUGUAACCUGCACCAACAGUGCCACGAGCAUCUUUGCCGGCUUCGUCAUCUUCUCGGUUAUUGGCUUCAUGGCCAAUGAACGCAAGGUCAACAUCGAGAACGUGGCGGACCAAGGGCCAGGCAUUGCAUUUGUGGUUUACCCAGAAGCCUUAACCAGGCUGCCCCUCUCUCCGUUCUGGGCCAUCAUCUUUUUCCUGAUGCUUCUCACUCUUGGACUUGACACUAUGUUUGCCACCAUCGAGACCAUCGUGACCUCCAUCUCGGACGAAUUCCCUAAGUACCUGCGCACACACAAGCCGGUCUUCACUCUGGGCUGUUGCAUUUGCUUCUUCAUCAUGGGCUUUCCGAUGAUCACUCAGGGUGGAAUUUACAUGUUUCAGCUUGUGGACACAUAUGCUGCGUCCUACGCCCUCGUCAUCAUCGCCAUUUUUGAGCUCGUGGGGAUCUCCUAUGUGUACGGCUUGCAAAGAUUCUGUGAAGAUAUAGAGAUGAUGAUUGGAUUCCAGCCAAACAUCUUCUGGAAAGUCUGCUGGGCGUUUGUAACUCCAACCAUUUUGACCUUUAUCCUUUGCUUCAGCUUUUACCAGUGGGAGCCCAUGACCUAUGGCUCUUACCGCUACCCUAACUGGUCCAUGGUGCUUGGAUGGCUAAUGCUCGCCUGCUCCGUUAUCUGGAUCCCAAUAAUGUUUGUAAUAAAAAUGCAUCUGGCCCCCGGCAGAUUUAUUGAGAGGCUCAAGUUGGUGUGCUCGCCACAGCCGGAUUGGGGCCCAUUCUUAGCUCAGCACCGUGGAGAGCGUUACAAGAACAUGAUUGACCCCUUGGGAACCUCUUCCCUGGGACUCAAACUGCCAGUGAAGGAUUUGGAACUGGGCACCCAGUGCUAGUCUAAUGGCAUGGGAUGGGCCAGACUUGAUCCUGUUUUUCCUCUCUGCCUCCCCUCAUGGUUUCCCCAGCUUUCUUCCCGUUUUCUUCUCUCUCCACACAUCUUGGUCCAUGUCCUUGCAUGAGAGUGGUUCUGUGGAAGAGUACGACAUGGCAUUGCAUGCUGUGGUGAAGAGGUAGACAGACCACUUGAGGCACUCUUCGCCCGUGUCCGUGGUGUCCGUUUCCAGAAGGGUCGGUCUCCUGAGCACAUGCUUCACCUGGCAGGAGUGGGUCAGCCAGGUGAGCGCUUUCCAGGGACGUCACGAAUAGGUACGCGAGACUUGGUCAGUAGGGAGGUAUCCACUGUGUGCUGUCGUUGGCGGUGCCCUCGAGACCUAGAGAGGACGGCAUACUCACAGGACUGGUGUUUGGACUCCGUAGUGGUGCUGAGCAAUGCAGCGAGUUCACGGAUGCUGAAAGUUGAGGAGAGUAUAUUCAGAGCAUCAGCAGUGGUUGCAAAAUGUUUUAGAAUAAGACAAGUCAGUGAAUUUGGACACCAGAGGUGGUUAAGUUCACAUUUCCAUUUACAGUUGGGGCUCCGUUUUCCUUUAUUUGGACCAACCAUUUCAAGUGUGCCAAGAACUGGUACUUCAGUCUCUGGACACUGUGAAUCUCAGUGAAGAGUUCUCCUCCUUCACCUGUCUUUUCUUUUCUUUCUUUUUUUUUUUUUUUUAAGAAACCGUAUGUGUGAGUUCCCUUGGUCA